AUGGCCAGCACCGCGUUGUUGGCGCUCUGCUCCACCGGCGCGUUCACCGGGCUGGCAGUGGAGGCGGGCGCGGGCGUGUGCCACGCAACGCCUAUCUACGCGGGUCAUUCGUGGCACGAGGCCACCUUCCGGAUGGACGUGGCAGGCAGCACCCUGUCGCGCUACCUGCGGGAGCUGCUGGUGUCAGGGUGCCCCAACCUCCAGGAGCAGGCCCUGUCCCGCAAGGCCAUCACACAGCUCAAGAAGCGCUGCUGCUAUGUGUCACUGGAUUUCGAGCGCGAUCUGCAUAACCCUGCCCGCCACCAUCCGGCCAGCUUCUUAAUGAGCAAUGGGUGUUCCGUCCACCUAAGCAGCGAGCGCUUCCGCUGCCCCGAACCCAUCUUCCAGCCGGGCCUGGUAGGCCAGGCUGAGCCGGGACUGCACGUACUGGCCUUCCAGGCGCUGCAGAAGAUGCCCGCAACACUGCGGGCGCGGCUGGCUCACAGCGUGGUGCUGGCGGGAGGCUCCACGCUUUUCCCUGGCUUCGCUGAGCGCUUGGACAAGGAGCUGGAGGCGCAGUGCCAAAGGCACGGCUUCACAGCCCUGCGGCCCCACCUGGUGGCCAAGCCCCAGCGUGGCACGGCCGUGUGGACAGGCGGCUCCAUGGUGGCCUCCUUGCGCUCCUUCCAAAGCAGCUGGAUGACCCGGGGCAUGUACCAGGAGUGUGGCUCCAGGUUGGUGCACGAAGUAUUCAACUGA